CAUGAAAAUUGGCAAUUCUGAUAUAACUACAACGCUCCUAAUUAGGUUAAAAUUUCUGAAAUUUUAACCUUCUGCAAAUCAACUUAUUCAUUUAUUCAAAGCGAAUAGUAAUUAAUAGAUUACUUGAUCAAAAUAAGUUGCGGAUUUCUUUGAAUAAAAUGGCCAUCACAAUACUUGUUAAGGCAAAUAUGAUAAUGUGAACAAGUGAAUCGGCACUUAGUGAUCUAUUAUUGUCAAGAUGCUGUAUUCCUCAAGUAAUGAUACGAAGCAAUAUUUUUGAUUCCAUCUUGUUUUGAAAAGUACCAAUUAAAUAUUAUCUCUUUUCAAUAAAUCUUCAUCAUAGAAACC